CGCCCUCUGGUGGCUGUACUUGUGAACUGUCUGAAAACAACAAUGGAGGCUGAACGCGGUAGGAUGUGAGUGUACAAAAAAAUAGUUAAAAACGCGGGCUGUCUAGUCUAAAUCUUUCACUCUGCUGGCUCGGAUUUCUGGAACCACAAGUGACUACUUAUACGGUGGUUAGACCAAGACGCCGGCAGGAAAUACAAGGACACUCGUUUUGAGAGGAGAAGAUGCUCUCCGCCGCCUUGGUAGUCAAUAAAAUCGCCUAACUGUGCUGAAUUAUGGACACAAAGGAUGUAGAAGGUGUUCCCUGUCCUGGUAGUACAAGUGAGGUUUGCUGGACUUUUCCAACGGGCCGAGGACUUCCCGGCCUUAGUUUCGGAAGUGUCCCCUCCCCCACUUCCGCUAGGAGACUAACCUCCCUCCGAACCCGGGACCUGACACUAGGGGGCGCCAUAAAGAAAAAGAAGAAAACGUAUGAACCAAACAUUCAUGCUGUGAGGAAAAGCAAAGAUGAGCUAAAGGAAGAGAUUCAAGUUGCUCCCAAAAGGAGGGCUGGGAGGAAAAGAGAGAACCGUGGAAGAAGAAAAGCAAAGCCUCAGACCAUCCAGUCUCACUCCAUCUUCGAACAGGGUCCUGCUGACACGUUGCGAAAAUCAGGCUGGACUGCUGCUUCAGACGUGUGCGCCACCAACAUCUCACCGACCUGUAAACCCGUGAAACAAGAAAGGAAAGAAUCAGAAGAAGAUGAAGACGAGUUGCUCAGAAAACUACAGAGGGAUGAUUUCUUAUGUGAUCCCAGUUUGAGGAACGACGCCAAGCGGAAACCCAUCCAGUUGCCUUUGUGUGGGACCGGCACAACAUCAGGUCGGGAAAAGACUCCUCUUCUCAGACCGCCGCCCGGCGGACCUCAGGGUAAAACAGUCCACAGCAGAACUGAGCAGCCAUCUUUGGCAAAGAAGUUGCAGGAUCUACGCCUGUCCGGCAGCGAGGAUCUCUUCUUCAUGCAGUUACCUGACUGUAUGCCUGCCAGAACACAACAACAACAACAACAAGUUGACGGCGGUCCUGAAUCCAGGUUUGGGAAGGUUGGGAAAAAGUCAGAAGACAAGAAGCCUUGGCAUGGGAAAAAGCAGGAGUCCUCUCCUGUGACGCGCUCGCCGGUGCUGUCGGAAUUCUCAGAGGGACACCUGGGUAAACUUCAAAUCAGGAAGUCGGGGAAGGUGGAGCUGAAGCUGGGCGAUAUUGUCAUGGACGUCACCGAUGGAGCUGCGUUCUCGUUCCUUCAGCAACUGGUGUCAGUGAAUCUGUCGGAUGGCAAGAACGGACACAUGAUGGUGUUAGGAAACGUCCAACACAAAAUGGUCUUAUCUCCCAACUUUCAAACUCUCGUGGAGCAGUCUGCAUCCCAACCGUCCUGAUGUUGGAUGACGAGCACUCUAUUUCGGCAGCUUGGUGUACCGGAAAUUUACAUCAAAUAUUUGUCCAACUGUAUUAUAAAUGUAUUUUCUGUAUGAUUCUAAUCAUGUUUAAUAUUUUGCACAUUGCUGUGCAGGGAGCCCAGAUGUCAUACACAGUAAUUAUACCCCCCAAUAAAAGAAUGGAUCUGCAAAUAAUGGGGGAUAGCUUCAUUGAAGUAAAAGUUAUACUGUACUUAUAUAGAAGCCAGUUUCCGCCACUGAAAGAAAACAAAUAUCCCAAUGGUAAUGCUGUCAUAAAGGUGAGGUCAAAAGUGGAAAUUCCGAGAUAAAAAGAUAAUGAGUACAAACUGCACAUAUGAGUGCCAUGUGACAAUGCCAGCACGUGUCUCAUUAUUUGGACUUUUUUUUUUAAUCGCUUACCAUUGGCAGAAAGGUGCUUCCAUUGUCCCCCGGAUGAGGCUGCACCAAAUAACGUGGAGAGACCUUCCUGUUACUUCGCUCUUGAUGCAUUGCUUUUGGAGAGCAUUUUUUACAUUUGUUAACAUGGACGUUUAUGUAAGAAAAACGUGUGUUUGCUUCUGUAAAUGCUGACAACGCCGUGUGUGUUUCUAGGGCGUCCCAAACAUUGUUAAAGCUAUUUAUGUACUCCCAACAGUAGAGCAACCGUUUGUUACCUUUUAAUGACAGUAGUGGGUUUCUACUCUGGACUGGGUUGCCUUUUAUCACUUUGAAAUGAAAAUAUUACUGAUUGGGACACCCCACAUGCUUUUUUAUAUUUACUUUUUCACUCUCCUUGCUUGUAAGGUUCUGUGCUGUAUAAAUACACAUUGUUCUUGUCUUUACCUCCA